GCUCUGCAAAAUAAACAACAACACAGAGGCCAGUGUUUAGCCCGUUGAUUUCUCGCCCCAUUUUGACCUAUUUCGCCACUGACAAUUAUAUCCCCUAAGAGCCAAAGUUGUGUGAUGAGUUUGAUGGUAUUGAUGAGGGUUAAUGUAGGUGGUUAAUGCAGGUGGUUGUUGGAGUUUGGCGACAUUUGACUGGUGGAGAGGAGGUGGUUGCCAGUCGACUGUGAGUGUGGUGACUGUGAGGCCGUGGCUCUUCCUCGCUCUUCCUGCCACAGUUUACUCUCACCUACAAGCAUGACAAGCUACGUUAAGGGCCUCUACGAGUACAUGAGACCGGGAUCUAAUGCUACCUCACCUUCCUCUCCUACAUCAACCACAUCUAGUACUGUGGAAGGUCCAGAUCGUAGUGAAGCCACUACUCCCACCACACCGCCCGACACUCGCCCAGAGCAAUCUCCAGGCUAUUUGAAGAGGGCAGUUUCUGGAGUAGCCUCUGGGAUUUAUACCGUAGGGUCAUCUACUGUGGGUGCUGGUGUUACCAGUGUCAAGUGGGUGGCAGGAACAACAUAUAGUGUAGGUGCGGGUGUUGUGGGGACAGCCGGGUCGGUGGUUGUGGGAACAGCCGGCACGGUGGCAAGUGGAGCGUCUGCUGUAAUAUCAAAGGUCACCACCGCUAAGAAAAAAGAACACAGUGACUGAUGCAUUAAUGAUGUAGAUGCGAGGCUCCUACUAGUUCUUUUAAGGAUAUACUGGGUACCUGUUGAGAGAGAGAACGGGAGAGAGAGAGAACGAGAACGAACUGUAACUGUGGAACACCUUUUCACACUGCCUUCUGUACUUAGUAUCUGUCAAGAACUAGUAUUUGUCACUUGCUAAAAUAUUGUUACGGUACAAUUCUUGAAAAUUUAUUUUCCAAGUGGUGUUCCACUUCAUAAGCAGGAAGGUUACAUGUUGUUAUGUAGACAUUGACUGUAGUUAUCACUUUCAAAUAUAUUUUGUUGAAUAAUAUUAAUGAAUUGUUUUGAACA